AUGGGUGUUGCUCCAUCCGUACCAAGGGACCCAACCCGCAAGGUCGAGGUCAUCGGCGCGGGCCUCUCUCGGACCGGCACUUCCACUUUCGCUAUAGUAAUGGAAAGACUAUUGAAUGGCCCAGUACAUCAUGGGGGAUCACAGUUGAUAGGCAGGGAAGAUGCAUAUCUUCGCAAGUGUCACGAUCUCUUUGUCCACAAGCAUGAUCGGCAGCGCACGCUCAAGAACCUUCGCGACCUCACUGCCGGCUUCGUGGCCGUCUGCGAUGCGCCCUUGAACGGCUUCAUACCGGAGCUCUGCGAGCUGUAUCCCGACGCCAAGGUCAUCUGCGUUGAACGCGACAAGGAGAAAUGGUGGAACAGCAUGAAGCCCGUUGUGGACACUGGAACGGCUCGCUGGUUGUUUGUCCUGCUAUGGCCGGUUCCCGGCUGGCGGUGGAUUCCCUACGUUGGACGCGACAUAAUAUCGCGGUUCAAGGACGUGUACGGGUUUGACUUGAGUCCGGAUGCAUAUGACGCAAACACUGAGUAUCUCAAGGCCGUUGUCCCAAAGGGCAGGCUUCAUUUUGUGUCGUUGAAAGGUGAUUGGAAGCCAUUCUGCAAGAUCCUCGACAGACCUGUUCCAGACGAGCCGCUUCCUCAUGUAAAUGAUGCCAGCAGCACAGAUAAGCUUGCCAUGGGGAUGAUCCUUCGCGCUGGAACCCUUUGGCUGAUGAUCCUAGCGGUAUUCGGAUUGGUUGACUAUUUUCGGAACCAACAAGUCUCACGCACUUGGACGAGUGAAAUCUGGGAGCCUAUGAGCGCUACCAAGGAGCUGAGGUCACAGACGGCCGCUGAGGCCUCCCCCUCUGCUGCCAUUGGUGCAGUCCUGCAGGCUGCACCUGCCAGGCACCGUCAAGCCCGGCCAGGGGAGUCGUUCCCUCCACCAGAACCAACAGACUCGAUGGCCACGCAGGACGCAGCGCAGAAUAGUUCGAUGCUGCGAGUGGAUGGAUGUAUUAUAUGCCCUGCAGGAGCGGAGAAGAUGAAAGCCUUCAUCGACUCCGAAGAUGGGGUUGCUGAUGUGAAGGGGCGCACUGCGGUAGCAGGCAGUCUGAAUCCUGCGAACGAUGAUAUCCGGUCUCUUUCCACUCAGGUCGAUGUCUCAUGGCGGCCACUCCCUAGGCGGCUGGAUUGCCGCUCCCUCGCUGGUAUCUCUCGUCAUCGUCGACUCGCCGAUGCUCGCAGCAGCCAGGCUCGUAGACGAAGUCGCAACCUUGGAUACGUCGAGCGGGUGGCCGCCGUCGGCCGUCAGUGUCGUCGAGGCCGUCGAGUCGAGCGCCUCGUCGAGCGCGUCGCGCGGUUUCCGCCGGAUGCGCCGCGAGCCGACCGUCAGGGGGAUAUUCUCUCGCAGACGGUCCCCGCGCGCCUCGUCGUCGUUGUACCGCCGGUACCCGGACCGGACCAGCCGCGGGGCGAUGCGCGACGCCAGGGGCCGCAGGGUCAUGAGGCAGGCGCAGACGAUGGCCGUGUUGAUCUCGAUGCACGACCAGAUGCCGAGCGCGACGGCGUUGUAGCUCCGGUCGACCGUGGAUCUCGGGUUGACGGCUUGCUCGAGGGCCGGGAUGCGCCCGACGGUGACGCCGCAGACGCUACAGACUUUCAGCCAAUUUCCCAUGAGAUCAGCUAG